UUAUUUUAUUUUUUCUCUCUCCUUCUCUCCCCUCUUUUCUAUCGCCGGUCACUGGAUAAUUAUCAAUCCCUUCUCAUCAUUCACAACAUUUCCAACCGCAUUAGAGGGUCGAGCGCAACUGUGCAGAGUAGACAAGGAGCGCUCUCUAAACCACAUUUAAUUUGAUCUCUGGAUUUAUUCCUUAGCGACUGCGACGGAGUCACUCUGUCGUCCAACCAUGGCCGAUCAAUUCAAAGCUCGAACGCUGAAACGCAAAAAUGUUAAAGGUCUCGCCCUGAAUGCAGCUCCCAAACCCCCUUCCAACCCGUCCGAUGGUGAUGCCCAAAUCCCCGGUGCGAUUGGGAAUACCGACAGCAACCGUACCGACACGCUAGAGAUCGGGCUAGAAUUCCGUCUCGAUCUUCGCAGUGAGGAUCUGAUUACCUUGAAAGAACUCGGGGCUGGGAAUGGUGGUACAGUUUCUAAGGUCAUGCAUGCCUCUACAAAGGUUGUCAUGGCUAGAAAGAUCAAGGAGAGCGUUCGAAAGCAGAUAUUGCGAGAGCUUCAAGUGGGACACGACUGCAAUUCCCCGAACAUUGUGACUUUUUACGGAGCAUUUCAAAACGAAGCCAGGGACAUUGUUCUGUGUAUGGAAUACAUGGACUGUGGCUCCCUCGAUCGUAUAUCAAAGGACUUCGGCCCCGUCCGAGUGGAUGUGCUAGGCAAGAUUACGGAAUCGAUUCUGGCAGGUCUUGUGUAUCUCUAUGAAGCGCACCGCAUUAUGCACCGUGAUAUCAAGCCAUCUAAUAUACUCGUCAACUCGCGGGGAAACAUUAAACUUUGUGAUUUUGGCGUCGCUACUGAGACGGUCAAUUCGAUCGCGGACACCUUUGUCGGCACCUCGACUUACAUGGCACCUGAGCGUAUCCAAGGUGGGGCGUAUACUGUGCGUUCGGAUGUCUGGAGUGUAGGCUUGACCGUCAUGGAAUUGGCUGUAGGCCGAUUUCCAUUCGAUACCUCAGAUUCCUCGGCAGGUGAUCGAGCCAGUGCCGGUCCCAUGGGCAUUUUGGAUCUUUUGCAACAAAUUGUUCAUGAGCCCGCCCCGAAGCUUCCAAAGAGCGAUGCCUUCCCCCCGAUUUUGCACGAGUUUGUCGCCAAAUGCCUACUCAAGAAAUCCGAAGAGCGGCCAACACCGCGAGAAUUAUAUGAUAAGGAUGCAUUCCUUCAAGCUGCUAAGCGUACUCCGGUUGAUCUUCAAGAAUGGGCUAUUAGCAUGAUGGAGCGACACAACCGAAAGUCUUAUCUAGCCCCCCCGCCGCCUAAAUCUCUCAAGGAUGAAAAAGAAGAAUCGCCGCGCUGUAGCCCCGCUCCCAAACCGGCAGUUAGCAAGUCGUCUCGUACCGCACAUUACACGUCAACUUCCGGAGAGAUCCCGUUGAAUAUGGCCAACGAAAAGUCUUCACAUAGCCGCCAUUAUCAUAUACCGCCGAACCCAUCUCCUCGUCCCAGUCGGUCGACCAGGUCCCCACCCCCUAUUUCACUCGAACAUCUAUCUCUAGAAACCAAGGAUGACGAGUACCGUUCGGGGCGCCGUCCCUCGCGUGCGCACGUGGGGGACCCGAUCUCCGCACUUGAGCCUCCUCAUCAGCAUAUAGCGUCUCGCUCCGCGAGCUCGCACAACAUGAAGUCAAGAAUGCCUCUUCAGACAUCGGCUCUACCUGUUCGUGCAGCUCCCCCUCCCAGUGGACCCUUACCCCCGGCUCCGGCGUCCGGUGCCUCGUGGCAACGUUAAGUAACUGGGUGCGUCACAAUAACUGCGCGCAAUACUUUCAUCUGAUCAUAGGCGUCACUGCAAGCAAGACUAGCUGAUCGAUUUUAACUUUCAACCCGAAGAAAUUGCGUUUGGCCUACUGUCAUUGAACAUUGCCCAGCCUUUUAUUUUCUUUGUGUCCUUGUCAAUAACACGCCCGUUCCAUUACCUUUUCAAUUCUGAACCAUUUAGAUGUCGAACUCACCAAUGACCGCUUGCUUGGCUAUGUUUGUCAUGAUUUUUGCAUCG